CAGCAGCACUUGCGCACCAGCAUCCCAGUUGAUAACAUCGCUCGAUCCAGAGUUCCACCAGAGAUUACCAGAACGAAAGUCCAGUGACAGUAUCAAGCAAAAUGUCGCACUUCACCUCCGCCGUUGCCGCACUCCUCGUCCUCAGCCUGCUCGUCAUCCUUGGCGGCCAAGGAGCCCAGGCGGCCGUUGCCAAAGUCAAACUGAGCAAUUCAGCGCAUCCCGGCAAGUGUGUGCUGGACGCGCACACGAUCCUGUCGCCCGGACAGACGGGACUGGCGCCGAAUCUGCAGUGUGUGCGGGCCGAGUGCCAUGCGGAUGGCGUGGUGACCUUCAAGACCUGUGAUGCAGUUGCUCCACCACCCGGCUGCAAGCAGCGCGACUUUGUGAACAUCAAUCGCGACUUUCCCGAGUGCUGCGAGCGGAAAUACAAUUGCGAGAAGCACAUCUAAAGCGAAUUAAUUCAAUCCUACUAAUCCUACAAUUGCUCACCUAUGCAAUGGUAUUGUUUUUAACCUCGAUCCAUGUUUUUUUUUGUUUGUUUUUUUUUUAUUUAUUGUGUAUACUACAACAUAACAAUUAAAAUGUAAACGCUUAGCAAUACAAUUAAAUAAUUUAAUAGAAUCAUUAACAGAAAA